GGGGGGGGCCUUUCCCUUCUGCACCACCAACAACAAAGAAGCCCUCCGGAGGCUGAGAACCACCUUUCUCGCGGCCGUCUACGGGUGGAUCCCGGCCACGGCGCUCGCCGCAGCGGGGGCCGUGGCCCUGGGCCGGCGUUCCUGCGGAGCCCCCCGUGCCGGGAGUUAGGGCCGCACGGGGCUUUGGAUGGAUUCGAUUCGAUUCGAUUCGAUUCGAUUCGAUUCGAUUUGAGUUUCGAUUCUCAAGGCAAGCCUGCCGGGAUUGGGACACGCAGUGCCAGUCUGGAUCACAGCCAAAACUGAUCUGUGAAAGAAAAGCCGCAUCUAGAAAUUCUUUGCUCCAAUACGGAAAGCAGUUGCCUGCUCGACAAAUGGAGACAGUAGUAGUAGUAGUACUAAAUCAAUCUACUCUGGUAUUGUAUCUGAUGGUGAUAGUUGAUGAGCAGAUGUGCUGUGAGAUUUUGAUAGGCUUCCUAGUAGUGUACAAUAAUACAUGGUUUUCAAU